AUGGACGACACUACUGAUAGAAAGCAAGCAGAGAUUUCCGGUGUGUCUCGUAUGAGAAGGGAAUGCUUAUCUUUCACCGUUUCGUUGCAACAAGGUUUUGGCUAUGUCAAGGCCUUCUUUGUUGGUCAGGCUAAGAAGUUGACGGCAAGAAAUGAGAAAGAAGCAGCAGAAGCAGACCUACUAACUGCUAAAAUGCAAGCUGAAGCCACUGAUGCAGCCGAGGAUACCAAAAACAGACUCAACAAAUCGGUCUAA